CCGACGUCGACAUCUUUAUACGCCAUUAUUCUUCUAAUCUUACAGCAUACUAUCCUUAAACAUCCGAUUCGAAUUCGUACACUUCUUUGCCUUUCUCAUCGGUCGCCAUGCAUUUUACCGGAGUUCUCGCCGUCUCGGCUUCCCUCUUUGCUGUCGCCUUUGCCAACGACCCUCUUGCCUUUACGGCUUGGCCUAAGGAUAUCCAGGCUGGCAAGCCUGUCACUUUGACAUGGGCGGGUGGUGUUCCUGACCAGCCCGUCACUCUCACCCUCCGCAAAGGAACCUCUACCAACCUCCAGGAUGUCGAGAUCAUUACCGCUCAGGCCAAGGACGGCACCUUCACCUGGACCCCCGGUGACAAUGUCAAGAGUGGACAAGACUAUGCUUUCCAGAUCACCCAGGGUGGCGAGCGCAACUACUCUGCUCUUCUUAAGGCCGGACCUGCUGUAAAGGCCGAUUCUGCAUCGGAGUCUUCACAGACAAACACUGCUGCUACCAAUAUCCACGCCGCUCAGACUAGCAGCAGCAGCUCCUCCACCACCUCCAACUCCUCUUCGUCCUCCGCAAGCAGUGGUACUACUGCCGCUCAGCCCAAUACCACGACAAGCAAGCUAUUGAUCAGUUCGUCUGCCGCAGCUACUCCCUCCAGCAGCCCGGCCUCUUCAACUACCAUCGUCCACUCCGUCACUGCUGCUGAACCCUUUGAGACCAGCCAUAUCAAGAAUGGCAAGGCGGCCUCGGCAACCGGUAGUAUUCAGAAUGGCCGAGCUUCAUCUUUGCAGUCCUACUCACCGCUCGUCAUGGGCGCGCUGGGUAUGCUGGUGUAUCUCCUUCAGUAA